AUGCCUCGUCAACGGAGUAAAUCUCUUGGCUCACAAUCUCCACCAAGAAAAUCGGGUCACCAGACUCCAAUCUCAAAAUUUCCAGAAUUGGUGCAUGAUAUCGCCUACUUAUUAAUUAUCAAAAAGGAAAUAAUUUAUCGAAUUCCUCUGAUUCUAGAUGUUACGCGAGUAGAGGAAAGCAUCCGUGAUAAAAACGAUCCGAAUGAGAGAAAUCAGACUCCUCCUGAGACUAAUGAGAAUGAAUUCUGUGUAAUGCUGACAAGCAACGCUGCAAAAAAUAUUGAAAUUUCAAUAAAGAAAAUUUUUGGUCGAUGCGAUUGGCUAAAAAUUGUGGAGAAAUGUCCGGUUCCACCCCAAGUCAAAAAGGGUAAGUUCUCUUUUAGCUGUAAUUAUUUCCAAAUAGGUCUGCAAGUGAACCCAAAUACGCCAAAAGACAACCCAGAUUCAAAAAGGCGCUUAGAUCGAGCAGAGUCCAGCCAACCACCUAAACGUCCUCUAACGGGUUGUGGAAGCAUAGGGUUAACUCGGCGGUUUCCCGAGAACUGGAACCCUCACAGUAGAUUUCAUCUUGUGAUUGCUGUGAAAGACCACCUCGGUUCUGUUUUAUCAAAACGCCUUGAAAAUUAUCAGCGUGUAACAGAGAAAAAACGAGACGCAAAUUCAUGGUCAAACUCCUCUGUUGAGUCGAAUGGAGCAAAGACGCCUUCAGAUAGAAUCCACCAGCCAACUGCAUGGACACUUUCGUUCAUUCUUAUUUGGUCACUUUUUCAAAAAAAGCAAAGUCGACAGGUGGUGGCAAAAAGUGUAAAACCUCCUCAACAACCAAUAAAGCCCAAUCAGAACAGCAAAGUGGUGCUUAGAAAUUCCAUAUCCGAAAUUUAUGCCGACCAGAAACGACUGGGCUACGCUUUACUACCAAACCCAAAAAUACCAGCAACAAUUGACCUUACAGAAAAUGGUGACAAAUCACGAUUAUUGGCGCCUUCAGAUUUCAUAAGCCAACCCCCAAUGCUCCUUCCUCUUAAUUCUGGUAUUCCUUCUGUAACCUAUACUUCAUUUCCAAUAUUCAAAGCACAAUGCCAAACCUACCAACCACAACAACCAGGUAUCCGCCCCAUUAAUGAAUGGAAUUUCGGCUUACCCAUUUCACUUACCAAAUUCCCACCUUCUGUUAUGACAGAAUCUACGGAGCUUCCAAUGGAUCUUUCAAAUGCAUCAUCUUCACAAACUUCAAAACCAAUGGAUUACCAAGAAAGUGAUGUAAUCAAUCUGACAAAACCGAAAAAGUCCAUCUUUCAACAGGAGAGUGUAGCUUUGAAUUGUGGACGAUAUUGGAAAUGUGACCUCUGUGACCAAUCUUUUGAGACAGAGUGGAACCUCCAUGAGCACUAUGGAAGUAAGACUCAUGUCUGUAAGAGCCUAGAGAGUGUGGACGACUCGGAAAGCCUUCAAAAACGAAUUAAAAGCCGGGACGUAUGCUCAGAAGCACUCGUCAACAGGAACACAGGAAGGUUGCUGCUAGAUGUUGUUAAUAAGUACAUCAAAACGAACAACAAUUUUAACCUAAGGGAAGUCAAAACCACUUGA